AUGGCUCCCAUCCCUGUCUUCGACCAUGACCGUGAGCAUCACUUGGAGGCUGGACUCUUGAGCACUGUGGACCAGGAGAAGACUGCUUUCAUCCAGGACCGCUCCGACCAGCGCCUGUCAGAGGAGCUCGACCGGCCCCAGAAGGAACCAUCCCGCAGGAUGUCGCCCUCCCGCAAGCUCGCCGUGGCCGUCGUCUUUGGUCUGUUCGUCAGCCUAGGCCUCACUGCCGCCAGGGAUACCACCGGCCGGAGGAGAUGCCAUGACGUUGUCCGUGGCGGCUCGGACCACCAGGCCAAGGUCGUCAUGGCCGAUGUCCCGGAGGUGAAGACUGCGUCUCCGGACCUUCUUCACAGGCUUCUGCAUGCCUACCUGCCCCAGAGGUUCCAGGACGGCGUGUACCCUUCCGACGACCAUGCCCUGAAGGCUGUCCACGAGGAGGAUCCCGCCGUGGGCACCGUCCUGGCAGAGCUGGCCAAGCGUCAGGAAGGGGGCGCGAACACGACGGCCGCUGGCGGCGGUGCUGCCAGCGAAACACCUACGCCGACGCCGACGCCGACACCGACACCAUCGCCGUCUACGCCGUCCACGAGCAGCACGCCGUCUUCCACAUCGCAGACGCCGCCAUCCUCAUCAUCAACACCAAGGGAGUCGACUCCUAGCAGCGUGUCUACCCCUCCGACCUCCUCCAGCACUCCCGUUCCGCCAACCACCAGUUCAACCCCGGUUCCCCCGACCACUUCCACCCCGCAGACCUCCUCGGAAAGGCCCUCCAGCACCCCCUCCACCUCCCAGGAGCCCUCUUCUUCCUCUGAAGAAGAGUCGUCCACUUCGGUUGCUCCUACCACCACCCAGGAGACCGUCACCACCGGCUCCGUCACCACCUCGAGCGCCGUGCGAAAGACGCUGACCACGACGCUGCCCGACGGCGGCGUCACUACCCUCACGUCGACCUCGUGGGUCGCCGUGGUCCCGACCGGCACGCCGACCGGCACCUCCGGCAACCCCGACCUGCAGAACGCCGCCCCUCGGAGCCACGGCGCCGCCGGCCUCGUAGUCGCGGUUGGUGCGAUCCUGGCUGGCUUCAUGCUGGCGUAG